GAAAUCCCCCGACCCCGACCUACGCGAGAAAACAACGAACCAUUCCGAAACGAAACAAAGAGCACAGAGCCCAAAGCGCCCGGCGCCCGUGGGGAGAGGCAAAACCCCGCGCCGCAUUGCCCCGAAACCCUCCGAUUCGCCCUCGACCGGAGCUCAAAUCCGCCCAAUCCCGCCGGCGGCAGACUCGAUCUGGGCCGGGGCCACCGGCGGCGAGGAAUGGGGAGCGUGGACGGCGAGGUCGAGGGGAUCCACGCAGCUAAUCGGCGUGCGGAGGUGGUUGAAUGGCUCAAUGCCUUACUCCCGGAAUUUAGUUUGCCAUCGGAUUCGUCCGAUGAAGAGCUGCGAGAGCUGCUCAGUGACGGCACGGUCCUGUGCCAUAUUGUGAGCACACUCAUCCCCGGUGUUCUUGAGGGGUCGUGGGGCAGUUAUGCAUCGUCGGAUCAGAGGUCGGGCAGUGUGAAGAAGUUCCUCUCAGUGCUUGCUGAUAUGGGGCUGCCAGGUUUCAGUGUGAAGGAUCUCGAUGAGGGAUCAAUGUCUUCUGUAGUGGAAUGUCUCUUGGUUCUGAGGGACAGCGUGGAUCCUCGAUUAGGUGAUGGUACUCCACUGGAUGUUGACAAGACUCCUGUAAGAAAACAAUGGGGAGUUCCGGAAAUGGACAGGCCUCAAGUUCCUGGUGCAGCACAAGGGAAAAGAUCCCCUGGAGAGGGCAGAAGACAUGGACAAAAGUUUCGAGAAGUUUUCCAAUUAAAACGUGGAUCCUAUUCUGAUCUUCCAGCUGGCAAGAUUUCAGAGAUGAUGCAUUCUAACAGCUUAGAUAAGGCACCAACUCAGUCACUUGUUAGUGUUGUUAAUGGCAUUUUGGAUGAAAGCAUAGAGAGGAAAAAGGGAGAAAUACCACAUCGUGUAGUUUACUUACUGAGGAAAGUCGUUCAAGAGAUUGAGUGUCGUCUCUGUAUGCAAGCAGAGCACAUAAGAAGUCAAAAUAUUAUCAUCAAGACAAGAGAAGAGAAGUACCGUUCAAAAAUUAAAGCACUUGAAAUAUUAGUAAAUGGCACAAAUGAAGAAAACCAGAUGGCAAUAAACAGACUUCGGAUAAUCAAGGAUGAUAAUUCAAAAAUUGAAGAGAGAAGAAAACUUGGUGAACAAGAUGUUGUUCGAUUAAUGAAAGAGAAAGAGCAUUCCGAAAACAUUAUAACAAGCCUCAAGAAUCAAAUGGAAGAUAUGAGCAGAAUGCACGAACAACAGCUUGAGAAAAUUGAAAGAAAGGCAAAGCAAAUGGAGGAACAGCUAACUAACAAAGUUAAGGAAGUUGAGUAUCUUUUACUGCAAUCAAACAAGAAAAUUGAAGAAGUUGAGUCUGUCUCCGAGUUAAAAUCACAAUUGUGGAACAAGAAGGAGAACAUUUUUCAGAGUUACAUGGAUAAUCAACAACUGCAUGUCAAGGACAUAAGGAUAACAUCACGAUCAGUAAAGAAUGAUAUCUAUACCCUUCAAAUGAAGUGGAGAGAUGAAAUGUCAAAUUUAGGAUCUGGUUUGAAAUGUUUGUUUGAUGCUGCUGAAAAUUAUCACAAAGUUCUGGCCGAGAACCAGAAGUUGUUCAAUGAAGUGCAAGAAUUAAAAGGCAAUAUAAGGGUAUAUUGUCGUGUAAGACCAUUUCUUCCGGGUCAAGACAAAAAAUCUACCACAGUUGACUACAUUGGUGAAAAUGGUGAGCUUCUUAUUUCAAAUCCAUUUAAGCAAGGAAAAGAUGGACACCGGAUGUUCAAGUUUAACAAAGUGUUUAGUCCAAUGUCUUCUCAAGCUGAGGUUUUCUCAGACAUACAACCUUUGAUUCGAUCAGUUCUCGAUGGAUUCAAUGUGUGUAUUUUUGCAUACGGCCAGACAGGUUCUGGCAAAACUUACACUAUGAGUGGACCUAGCACAUCGAAGCAAGAUUGGGGUGUCAAUUAUCGAGCUUUGAAUGAUUUGUUUGAUAUUUCACUAAGUAGGAGAAACGCCUUCUCCUAUGAGGUGGGAGUACAAAUGGUUGAGAUAUACAAUGAACAAGUGCGUGAUCUUUUGUCCAAUAAUAUUGCACAGAAACGACUCGGAAUUUGGAACACUUCUCAGCCUAAUGGGCUUGUUGUCCCAGAUGCAAGCUUGCAUCAAGUUAAAUCAACAUCAGAUGUAUUAGACUUGAUGGAAAUUGGACAAGCAAAUAGAGCAGUUGGUUCAACCGCUCUCAAUGAAAGGAGUAGCCGAUCCCACAGCAUUUUGACUGUACAUGUUCGGGGGGUGGAUUUGAAGAACGGAUCCACCUCUAGGGGCUGUUUACAUCUCAUUGAUCUUGCUGGAAGUGAAAGGGUUGAGCGGUCUGAAGCAACUGGGGAUAGAUUAAAAGAGGCUCAACACAUCAACAGAUCACUCUCUGCUUUAGGUGAUGUGAUUUUUGCUUUGGCACAGAAAAAUGCCCAUGUGCCAUACAGAAACAGCAAGCUAACACAAGUUCUUCAAAGUUCUUUAGGUGGACAAGCAAAGACACUAAUGUUUGUUCAAAUAAAUCCUGAUGUUGAGUCGUAUUCAGAAACUAUAAGCACUUUAAAGUUUGCUGAAAGGGUGUCUGGAGUAGAGUUAGGUGCUGCGAGAAGUAACAAAGAGGGAAAAGAUAUAAAAGAGCUGUUAGAACAGGUUGCAUCUUUGAAAGAUACGAUUUCACGCAAAGAUACGGAAAUUGAGCAGCUCCAACUCAUCAAAGACAAAGUUAAAUCUACAAAUUUAUCGUUUGAUAGAAAUGGGGCUGGCUUCUUGAUGAACACAAUAAACCAACCGAGCCAACUAUUAUUGGGUGAAAGAAUACUUAAGUCUACUGACAGAGUUCUAUCAGAUCCGCAGAGUUAUGCCGAGGUGAAUGGAGAUCAUGAUCAUAAUUCGCCCACUGACACUACACAUGUGGGCUUGGAUGAAGCAGAAUAUGAAGAUAACGCAUCUGACGAUGGUUUAUCAGCGGGAGAAGCUGAGUAUUCCAACUCAGACAGAACUGCUGAGAUGACAACGGAACGGAUGCAUAGAGUUCCAUCAAGAAUAACCAGAUUUUCUCUCACAAAGAAUGGGCAGCCGUCCAGAUCAAAACCAAGGGAUGCUGUCUUGCAGACUCCGAGUCAUACCAAAGCUCCAACAAACCAGUUUACAGGAGGCUCGUCAGCGAGAGGCUCUAAGAGAUGGCAAUAGUAGAGCACCGUUCGGAUGCUCGUUUGUAUCUUGCAAAUCGAACAUCAUGAAAUGCCCAUUUGUGUGCCAAAUGUUCUGACGUGUGUCAAGACUGGUGCAUAUUGUACAUCGGUAUACUGCUUAUUUGUUGCCGGGUAAUUCCUACUUUGCUGGGAAUUAUUGUGCUUUUCCG